GCGUAAAGAGUGCCACGUACUGUUGACGUUGACUAUCCGGAGAACACUUCCUGGGUCUAGCUAGGCUGGCUAAAUAUAUCAAGUAAUUUUCACGCUUUGGUGAGGCUUGUUAGGUACUGCGUGGUUAAGUCGUCUGAUUCAGUGGUGGAGCCUUAGAGGUCAGACGGCAACAUGAACGGCCAGCUGGACUUGAGUGGGAAGCUGAUCAUCAAAGCCCAGCUGGGCGAUGACAUUAGACGCAUCCCUAUUCACAACGAAGACAUAACAUAUGAUGAACUGGUGCUGAUGAUGCAGCGUGUCUUCCGAGGCAAGCUGCAGAGUAACGACGAGGUCACCAUCAAAUACAAGGAUGAAGAUGAUGACCUCAUCACUAUUUUUGACAGCUCUGACCUCUCCUUUGCAAUCCAAUGCAGUAGAAUACUCAAACUGACAUUAUUUGUGAACGGUCAGCCACGGCCUUUGGAAUCCAGUCAGGUGAAGUACCUACGCAGAGAGCUUAUAGAGCUCAGGAAUAAAGUUAACAACCUCCUUGACAGCCUGGAGCCCCCCUUAGAGCCUGGUAUGACUUCUACGGCACCAGAAAGUGAGUCGGUAGAUGGACGCGAUGGUAAAGUUGCAGCUCCAGACUCCACAGUUAAACAGGCUCCUCCAGUCAGCGCAGCCAGCAUGUCGGCCUUUGACCCAUUAAAGAACCAGGACGAGGUCAACAAGAAUGUAAUUUCUUCUUUUGGUCUAAGUGAGGACCAAGCUUCAGCUGUCCCAGCAGUUGCAGCUGACGAGCGCUCAGGAACACCUGACAGCAUCGCUUCCUCCUCAUCUGCAGCACCUCAGCCAGGAGUGCCGCCUCAGCCACAGGCUGCUUAUGCUGGAGUGCAGCAGGGACCCCCAGCUGGAAUGGAUGGUCAAGUGUAUCAGUACCAGGGUGGAUACCCACCUCAGCAGCCAGGUGCACCUCCGCAGCAGCAGUACAGCAUGCAGUAUGCUGGAGGAUACAGCUCUCAGCCUGGAGCUCCUCCACCUGGCCCUCCACAGCCUCAGCAGCAGUUUCAGAACUACCCUCCACCCACCUCCCAGGCACCAGGCGCUGGUUCAGGCCCAACUGCCAGCUUCCAGGGCGGGCAGCAGCAGCAGCAGCAGACCCAUCCAUCUCAGGGGGCUCAGCAGUAUCCACCAGGAGCCUUCCCUGCGCAAAACUAUUCCUCCCAGGCUUCCCAGCCUGCUAACUACACCAUACCACCAAGCUCCCAGCCUGGCUCGGGGUAUCAAACCCGUCCAGGGUUCACCCCACCUCCAGGCAACCCUGGCACUCCUCCACCUGGAGCUGCUAAUCCCUACGCCCGUAAUCGCCCCCCUUAUGGGCAGGGUUACGCCCAGCCAGGUCCUGGAUACCGGUAAUUGAAGAUAAGAAAUGUUAGUGAUGCUCACAUGUCCCUGAAUCCAACCCCCUCCCCUCAUGUGGCUCUAGCUGUUUGCAAUGGGAGCAGAAACCUGCAGCCCACCAAUUAUCAAAUCUGAAACCAACCCCCCCUGGUCUGAUGGUUAGUGUCUGUGUCCAGCACAUCACUUUGUCCUGGUCCUGGUGUUAACUCUGUGUCUUACUUUUCUCUGGCUGCUUUGCCCUCUUGUGUCUGUCGGUGCAACUAGGUCCAGUCUGUCCACACACACACACACACCUGGUAAACAACCGCAGGCUGUUGCACAAACCCUUCACUGUCCUUUUCAUUGCAAGGUGUUAUUUAACGAGUGAGAUCAGCAUUUGCCUCGAGUCUCCAGCAGCUGUGAGUUAGCUCUGGAGCUGCUAAACACUACCACAAUGAAAAGUUGUCCAUUAAUUUUAACGUUCUUGUUUAGAUGUUUCUUUAUUUGAUCACCACCAUGUUGGUAUUGAGUGAAACUGCCCCAUGUUGGGAACACUAGCUAAGUGAUGACUACUGGGAGGUGUAGUCCUAAAGCUCUCGUUUUUUUUUCCCUCCAGUAUCGCCUGUUUUUCCUUUCUUUAUCUUAUCACUGGUUUUUACUAAUAUAUCAAAUCUAAUUCCACUCAGACGAGUUUAGGUAUGUAUAAAUGUUAACUUUUUUUUUCUUGAACCUAAUAAAUGAUUGGAACCCA